CUUAGGGUGAAUUGCUGAAUAACUCAUCGAAAGACAGCUUGUAUCUACUGUUAAUGGGAUUGGAUAAAAUGUACUGCCAUAGGUGCAUUAUCUUUAUUAACAUCACUGGGGACUUGUAAACACAUUUAAACCAAAUUCCUUAUGACAUAUUUGACUGUCUCCUAUUUGAGGGCUGUUCUUGUCUGACUAGUUUUUCCAUUUUAUGUCAACAUUCAUUCAGUCAUUAUAAGCAAGGUGUGGAGAGCGCAGCAGCAUGAUCCCAGUGGGUGAAUUCAAAAGCCUCGGGAUUGAGCAGAACUCCCAGUUCCGGGUGCUGAAACCAUGGUGGGACGUUCUGUCAGAGUACCUGUGCGUUGCAAUGCUCAUGAUUGGUGUCUUUGGCUGCACUCUGCAGCUAACCCAGGACAAGAUCGCAUGUCUGCCCAGCCAUAUCACCAGCCCAAAGAAUGAGGCAGUAGACUGCAACUACAUCAUUGACUACAGCAAUAACAACAGUGACAGCUCCAUCGUCACAGAGCUGUUCGGUCGCAAGAAUAACCUGGACAUUCACCAAUACUUGUUUGUUAACCACUAUUGCUAUGAGAGGUUUGUGCACUGGUAUGCGAAGUACUUCCCAUACCUUGUGGUGAUCCACUCUAUGAUCUUCAUGGUAGCAAGCAGCUUCUGGUUCAAAUUCCCUGGGACAUCUUCUAAAAUUGACCUUUUUGUCAACAUUCUGGGGAAGUGCUUUGACUCACCCUGGACCACGAGGGCCCUGAGUGAAGUUUCAGAGGAAAGAGGAGAGGAGAAGCUGGUCAGUUUGAGGAGGAGCACCAUGUCGAAGGAUUUCAAAGACCACAGGGCAGACGAGGAGGAGAAUAUAGGACUUCUUCGCUCCACCUCUGUCAAGUCUAAUUCGGAAAAGAAAGUCCAGGACCCCCAGCCUACUCCUUCUGUGUUGGACAAAAAGGAGGGAGAGCAGGCCAAAGCUCUCUUUGAAAAGGUGAAGAAGUUUCGAACCCAUGUAGAGGAGGCAGACAUCUUGUACCUUAUGUAUGUGCUACAAACAUCUCUCAAAGUCUUCAAGUUCCUUAUUAUCAUUGUAUACACUGCAGUCCUGGUACAAAAUAUUGAAGUAAUUGUGCGCUGUGAUGUUCCUCCUGACCUGACUGGGUUUCAUGUCUUUUGCUGUACCCACACCAAAGCCCAUCUUUUCUCCAAGCUUGCUUACUGCUACUUCUGCUUCGUAGGAGUGUAUGGACUUAUGUGCAUCUACACCCUAUAUUGGGUGUUCCACCGACCUUUGAAGGAGUACUCCUUUGAGCACGUCAGACUGGAAACGGGUGUGAUUGACAUACCGGAUGUAAAGAACGACUUUGCUUUCUUGUUUCAUCUGGUGGACCAGUAUGAUGCUCUGUAUCCUAAAAGGUUUGCCGUCUUUCUUUCUGAGGUAAGCGAGAGUCACCUCCAUCAACUCAACCUGAACUACGAGUGGACCAACAGGAAGCUGCGCGCCCACCUUUCUAAGAACUCCAAAGAUAACUUGGAACUCUGUCUUAUGGGACUCCCAGGCCUUCCAGACACUGUCUUUGAAAUCACAGAAAUUGAAUCACUCAGACUGGAGCAAGUUAAAAAUGUUACAAUUCCAGCUGGUGUGGCAAAGCUGGAUUCUUUGCAGGAGUUGUCUUUGAUCUACUGUCCAGCUAAGCUGCAACUGCUUGCCCUGAACCACCUUAAAGAACAAUUAAAGGUUCUACGUCUUGCUUUUGAAAGUUCAGAGGAGAUCCCUUUGUGGAUGUAUACCCUACAUUCUCUGGAGGAGUUAUAUCUGACUGGUCCUUUAACUAAUGAGGUGUCGAAAAGUGGCAACUUGGAAUCUUUGCGAGAUCUCAGUAAUUUGAGACUCCUCAGUCUACGGUCCAACCUACGAAAAAUACCACCCAGUGUUGGUGACCUGGCGUCACAGUUGAAGGCAUUGUGCAUCCACAACGAAGGGGUCAAGCUCCAGGCAUUUAGCACCCUGAAGAAGCUAACAAACUUGGUUUCAUUAGAGCUUUCAGGCUGUGAGCUGGAGCGGAUCCCAAGCGCUGUUUUCAGCCUGAACAAUCUACAGGAGCUAGACCUGAAGGAAAAUAAGCUUUGCACUGUGGAAGAGAUCCUGAGUCUGCAGCAUUGCCGGCGUUUGGUGACGCUCCGUCUGUGGCACAAUAAAAUCACGUACAUUCCUGAUCACAUCGCUAAGCUGCACACACUGGAGACGCUGGACAUAAGCUGGAACAAGUUGAAAAAGCUUCCGUCUCGGCUGUUCUACUGCACCCGGCUACGGCACCUCGACAUCUCCCACAAUCAGAUCACAUCCAUUCCUUCAGAAGUGAACAUACUAUCGGGUCUUCAGUUCUUUUCUGCUGCCUUUAACUCUCUAGAGUCUCUGCCAGAGGAGCUCUUCUCCUGUAAACGAAUAAAAACUCUGGUUCUGAGUAACAACUGUCUUUCGUAUCUUAGCCCGAAAGUGGGCAACCUGGCCCAGCUUGUGCGACUGGAUAUUAAGGGAAAUCGGUUGGACUCACUGCCUUUGGAGAUAGGGGAGUGUUCUCUUCUGAGAUGCACUGGACUGAUAGUAGAGGACAGCCUGUUCGACUUGCUGCCAUCAGACUUACGAAAGAAGCUGAGUCAAGGCCGAGACUGAAAGCUGAGGAUAGUCGCAAACGAAGAAAAUCAUGGUGGCCAGUUGUGUUCUGGCUUGCUUUGAGGAAAGAGUUUUGAUUGUGGACAAACAUGUGUAUUACAUGUGUGUUUUAGAAAAACACAUAUGCAAGUGUCUACUUUUAUUAAAAUAUCUUUUUUACAGA